UUUAUUCACAAUGUACACUAUAACAACUUUGCUGCAUUUCUUAGCUAAUACUUUCCUCUAGUCUUUGAGUUCUUCACUAUCUUCUUAACAUUCUUGCCCAUUAAGACAGCCUAAAAAAAUUCUCCAAAAAAUGGGAAAACUCAUCGGCGUUUUCGCCUGUCUCGUGAUUGUGGCAUUGGACAUCAUCGGAGGGAUUCUUGGGAUUAGAGCAGAAGCUGCCCAAAACGAGGAAAAACAUUUGAGGUUAUGGAUAUUCGAGUGUAAGGAGCCGAGCCACGACGCUUUCGUUCUUGGCCUAGCUGCUGCAACCCUUCUGGGAAUAGCGCAUGUUCUUGCCAAUUUGCUCGGCGGGUGCAGUGCUUGCACUCAAGAAGAGCUUGAAAAGGCAUCCCCCGCCAAGCAGUUGUCGAUGGCAUGCCUCAUUUUCACAUGGAUCAUCCUGGCCGUAGGCUUGUCGAUGCUGGUGAUCGGAAUAAUAUCGAACCACAAAUCAAGAGCAUCCUGCGGUUUCACACACCACCAUUUCCUGUCCAUCGGAGGGAUACUGUGCAUGGUUCAUGCCCUGUUUGCCGUUGCUUACUACGUCACUUCUACUUCUGCAAUCGAUCGCUGAGAAAACGCAUUUGCCCGUUUUUCUUUGUAGCUCUUGAGAAAUCGCAUUAACCCGUUUUUCUUUACCCAUCAGCUAGCAAUUUUUGGUUUCUCAAUCCUCCUUUUGACUAAUGCGACUCAACUCCAAACUUUAGUAUACUGAUAUUAUGUCGUUUUCUUGCAAGUCCCGGUGGAUGAGACAUGUGUGUCUGCACCCUUUUGAAAUAUGGAGCCAUUUAUAUGGUCCAAUUUGAAUCAAUUAUAUGACAAGUACAAUAUAUUUAUCGUGU